AUGUCAACCAAGACACUCGAGAAGAUAACCAACGUCCGUCUGCCAAACAAGCCGCCGUCGACACUCUGGGAUAUCGCCAUCAAAGAUGGGAAAAUAGCCUCAGUAGACAACCAUAGUGACUGCCAGGAUGGCCACGAGGACACACUGGAUGGAGGCAACCGUCUCAUAGCGCCGUCGCUCUGCCACGCUCACAUCCAUCUCGACAAAUGCUUUCUCCUUCAAGAUCCUAAAUUCGGCGACCUGCAGAUUGAGAGCGGCGAUUUCAAGGAGGCUAUGGAGAUGACAGGCGAGGCAAAGUCAAGGUUUGAGGAGGAUGACCUCCUGAGAAGGGGCACACGCCUCAUUGAAGAGAGCAUCCAACAUGGUGUAACCGUUAUGCGAGCCUUUGUGGAAGUGGACGGGGUGGUAAAGAUGAAGUGCUUGGAUGCGGGUCUCAAAUUGAGAGAGAUCUUCAAGGAUCGGUGUGAGGUGCAGAUAUGCGCGUUCGCCCAGCUCCCGCUCUUUUCUGGCCAGGACGGGGGCGAGGAGGUAAGAAAGCUAAUGACCAACUCUGCCUCGUUGGUGCAAGUAGAUGUGCUUGGAAGCACGCCAUAUGUUGAAGAUGACGAGGAAAAGUCUCUAGACAAUGUUAAAUGGAUCACGCAGUUAGCCCUAAAGCACCAAAAGCAUCUCGAUCUCCAUCUUGACUACUUUCUGGAGGAAGACAAAAAGCCUCUGGUCUGGGAUGCCUUGAACACUAUCAAAGAGCUAGAAUGGUGCAAGAAAGCGGGGAGCAAACAGAUCACGUUAGGCCAUUGCACAAGAUUGACAAGGUUUCGGAAUGACGAGUGGACGCAUCUGAGACAAGAAGUAGGCGAUCUGCCCAUUUCUUUCGUGGGUCUGCCGACUUCCGAUCUUUUCAUGAUGCGGACGCCAGAGAACGUGCGUGGAACCUUGCCAGUCGUUGAACUCAUCAACGAGUACGGAUUCAAUGCUGCGAUUGCUGUCAACAACGUGGGCAACGCCUUCACGCCGUACGGGAAUUGCGAUCCUCUGACUAUCGCAUCUCUGGGUGUCGGGUUGUACCAGGCUGGAACAAAGAAAGAUGCCGAACUCCUAUAUGAAACCGUAUCGGCUCGGGCAAAAGCCGCUAUAGGCUGCGAUUCCACGUCUCUUGCCCUAGAGCCUGGUCAGCCUGCCGACUUUGUAUUGUUCGACCGAAUGGACGGCGGUUGGCAUUGCAGGAAAAGCGUGGUAGAGGUGGUUUAUGAUGCCGGCCAUUCCCGCCAAACGGUCUUUAGAGGCCGCUUGAUCGCUUCGAAGGAUACACGAACUUAG